GUAUAAUAUUCAAAAUAUACUGUUCGUUAUGAAUACAAAUAUUGUUAGUAAUCAGAGUAACAUGAAUUUGCAUAAGUAUUCGCUAUAUAUAGGUAUAAUAUUAAUUAUAAUGUACGAAGCACAUAGAAACGAUGUAAUCAUACGCAAUUUACCAAUAAUCUCAUUUAUAGUCAUUCUGUCACAUAAUUUUGGACUCGUUCAACCGUUUCGUUGAAUAACUUCUUCACAUAUCGGUCUUAUUUUGAAACACUUUAUUCCUGAGUAUUUUAUCUGUCGAAUAUAGUGGAAAAUAGUUUUAUAAAAAAUUGAUAAUGAGUACAAAGAGUUCAUACAUAGAAUGAAUGCAUCUACUUUGUUUUGAGAAUUAAUGCUCCUUUUUCUUUCCUACAAAGUGAUAAAUUAUUUAUCUACAUACUAAUAAUAUUGAUUGAAAUAUAACUUCCAUUUCACGCAGAUUUCAAGGAAAGGAGCAAGUUCAACUUACUUAAUUUAUAAUUACACAUAUUUCUAUCAAGAAUAUUUGAUCACGCACUUUAAACUAUUCGCGCAUUGAAUUACCAAGGUCAUUUAAAAAUCUUCAGAUAUCUCCGUUGCACUUCAUUUAUCCCAAUUUUCAAUUCGCACGCAUCUAACCAGCACAAAGAUACACACGUUACCUAGUUUAACCAAACUGAUCCAAUAAAUCAUUCCAUCAAAAAAUUCUUCAACCAUCUCCAUUAUCUCCAUCUGAACUGCAUUCUACUCAUUAGCAUGUUCGACCAAACGCGUCCAAUAAAUCAUUCCAUAAAAAUUCGUCUGUAAAUUAAGAUUUAGAACAAAAAUACUAAACUGAACUCUUCUCGGCUCCAGCCGACCGAAGCGUCGACUAAACCGUAGGCAUGCCGGUAGAGCCAUCGUCUCGAUAUCUAAUCGCAAAAAGACGGCCAGCGAGGAAACAUCGAGUGUUCGACGAUAGAGAAUGCGCGAACCUCGCGAGAAGAAGAAGCAGAGUCUCUGCUCGAGACGACGUCGCUCAACCCGUUAUCGUCCCAUUAUCGAAAUAUUCUUUCAUUACUCAUUCGCGAUACACCGUUCUGGGCCUGGUAAACAGCCAGAUGAAGACCUGACGACGUGUUUGCCUCUUCGCCGCCUUUGAUACACAUAGUCCGACUAAUCGGUUCGCGAAUGGUCGUCCAUUUUCCACCACGUAAGUGCACCGUCUGCGUUCGCCAAAGUCGACGAGCGCCGAUUUUUGGCAGUAUCCACAGCACCAGAGACCGGUCACGAACACGCGGCAGCUGAGUGGUUUUCCAUUGGACUAAAAGAAAGUUCCUGUUGUUUGAUUCUUGUUACAUUGGCGUUUCUCGGUGGGAAGGUUCGGCGGAUGUGUUUUGUGUUCAACGAGGAAGAUGAAUAAAACGGUGUACUACGCGUUGGUGGCAUUGUGGGAGAAAUCCGGAUGCAAAAUCGUGGCGGAUUACCCGGCGAAACAGGAUCCAGCGUACAGGGCGAUCGCGCUCAGCACGGUUGACGGCCUGAAAUCGUUGGAGAACGAUAAGAUCAGCCUCGACCGGGGCAAACCGUUCAUCCGCAGGUACACGGUUCACGUGCUCAUCGGUGAACUACAUUACGCCUGCCUCACGUUGAAACCGGACUGUCCUUCGUCAGCGGCCAAGCUGGAAUCCUGUUCGCAGGUGUUUCUCGAGAGGAUGCGAAACAUUUACAGAGAACUGCCGAUUUUGGCUGAUCUCACCAGGGACCUGACCGAUCUCGCGGUCAUUGAUUUCUCGAAAUCUCUGAAGAAGAUAGUCGACGAGUACAAUCAACAAAGCGAAAUAAUACCGAAGCUGGAGCAGGAGCUGGCGGAAAUCCGGAAAACAUUGAUGGACGGCGUGCAAAAGUUGAUUGACAGGGGCCAGAGGCUCGACGAACUCGUACGAAAGACUCAGACUUUGCAAAUUAUGUCUCGAAAGGAUUUUCACGUGUUAACGAGGACAUCGAAGAAAAGGAAGAACGCCAUAAUGGCGGCGGUAGCGGCGACAGUGACGCUGAUGUUCCUCUUCAUGUCUCUUCUCGUGAAUUUCUUCUCAAUGGCGUCCGUGGUUGAACUUACGGUGGAUCCCAUCGCAUUUGAAGAAGAUGUGAAACGCAGAGACAAUCUCGCAGAAGCGACCAGACAUUUGUACUUCAUCGCUGCACGAAGGAUACAGAUUUUUCACAUUGUAUGCGCACUCUCUAUUGUUCAUUCGAUGAGAACUCAAUCAGAAUACGAUUCUUCUGACGUUACAACCCUUCAAUUUGAUUUUCACUCGACAGCCUGGAUCCGCGGCAUUCUCACUCGAAACCAUUUCCGGUUGCUGCACGAGAGCGCUGUCAUCAUCCAACGUCACUGGCGUGGCCAUCGUACCAGGAUCACGAUCGAUCGAUAUCUGGUGCACCGUGUCCAUCAAAUGUGGCAGGAUUAUUAUGACAAAAUGGCCACGAAGAUCCAGGCGUCCUGGCGUGGCUAUUGGAUCAGGAAAACUGUCCUCGACACGCAGAAGAUGCAACGAUGGUUGAACAGAGUGUACAUGAAGAACGAGGAAACUGUGAAGAACAUGAAGAGUUGCAUCAUUUGUUAAGAACGGAGCAACGGCCAGGUGUGAUCACCAGAAUCGAUGAUACUCGAUUCACUUUGAUCGAAGAGAUGUUGAAAUGUUUGGAGUACAAACGCUACGUGCGUAAUAAAAGGACCAGGUUGAAGAGCAAACGUCGAGAUUGUCAAAUUGACGAAACACCAGCGUCGAUCCUUCGUGGAACGUAUUAUGACAGAUGUGGGAAAGAGAUUCAAGAAACACGGAAAAAUUUGGAAGCCGUACCAAUAUACAGAAGUGAACCGUACGAAGAACACGAGAUGAACACUCGCAAGUUGAAUCAAAUAUAUUUAGAAGCUUUCAUAGAUGAAGCAUACGAAACGAGUUCACGACGAGAAAUCGACACGAAGAAGGAUAAACGAGAGACAGUGUGCUCUUCGAGAAAAGAAGUCGAUCUGUGUGAAAAGAUCAAGGAAAUGGAUUGUCACUUAAACGAACUCCGCUUGAAGUGUCCUAUUCACGAUUCUCCGUGUUACAAAUGAAAUAUGCUUAAUUAUUUAAUACAUACCAAAUUUCCAUCAAUUAGAAUGUCUGUGCACUUUUAAGAAAAACCUAAUACUUCUACAAUUCUAAAAUCUUGAAAUAAAAAGCAGUUUAAAAGGAAUACUAUAUAAAAUAUCCGAAAGGGACAAACAUUCGAACAAAUUUCUGUUUAACU